AAGAGAUAUAAGACAUAAAUAAGAGAUAAUAAGUAGUAAAUACUUUCAUAUACGUUGGGCCCCUAAUAAAAAAUGACGGAGGGUGUGACAAAGAAACGUGACGAAACGUGUACCUUAAAGAAAGCGGAUAAAAAUAAACUGGACGCUUUUGAAAUGUGGGUAUACCGCCGCAUAGUAAAGGAUAGAUUGCUUAAACAAAUACAACAGAGAUAUUUGCAGUAUUUUGGACACAUUGCUAGAAGAACAGGCACGAUGAAAAAACUGAUAGUCGAGGGUAGAGUUGAAGGAAAAAGACCUAGGGGAAGAUCUUCAAGCCGUUGGGUAGAUCAAACAAAAACAUUGAUUAACCAAGGGUUACAUGAAGCUGAACAACUAGCCCGGGACAGAGAAGGAUGGAGGGGAAUCCUAAAAAAACUGUGA